AUGGGCAGCAAAAUUAGUAUAGAUAAAUAUGUAUCUUAGCUUGAUGAUAUUCUUCAGCUUAAUCCCAAAAAAUUAGAGCAAGUUAAUUUAGAAUCUAAAAUACCAGAAAGCAUUACACAAAAUAUUAAAAUAUGGAGAUUUUAUGAAGAGGAAAGCAAAAUACUUAACUCAGCUAUUUCGUUAUAAAAUUUGCAAAACUCGAAUUUCACGUUCUUAUCUAAAGAAUGUUACGUAGUCCUAGUAGUCUACAGACGCUCAAAAGACUAAGAUAAAAAUACUUUCGUGAGCUUCCCUCACUCAAUGUGGGGUAUUGUUGAAUCUUAUAAUAACUUAACUCCUAGAGGCCUGGAAUAUCCACUCUCAACAAGCGAGCUAAAUUUGGAAAUCCUUGAUAGCUUCUUACUUCCUAACUAUAAAAAAGAAAAAAUCUCAGUAAACUUUGAGCACAUGAUUUUUGUUUGGAAUGGCAAAACUUCAAAUCCUCUCAUAAAAUCAUUAGCUCUAUCAUCAGCUUAUGAUUUAGAAUCUCUUAUUGAAAAGGGAAGAGAAAAUAUACUUUAGAUUUUUUUUGAAGGAGGAGUAAUUUUGAAAGAUAAGCUAAAAAACGGCAAAGUAAUUUAGCUAAAUAGUACAUCAAAUAGACCUCAUAACAAAGAAUUGGAAUAGGAAAUUAGCAAAAUGAGUUAGACUAUUUUUCUUUUCAAAUUUUUGUUCCCUUUAAAUUCUUUUAGAGGAAAUACAACACCUUAGGUUGCAGGAGCAGGUUGUUAAUAGCAAGACAAUUAAAUGAAUUAGAAUAACUUAAAUUAUAUACAAAAUGGGUAAAAUUAGCAAAAUGGCUAAGAGAAUAAUAAUUAGAUGAAUAUAAAUAGCUAAAACAACUUUAACUCUAACAGCAAUGGUGCAGAAAACGGAACUCAAUAAGAAAACGAAUUCUAACAAGAUGAUGUAAAUUAAUAGUAAUUUUAUUCUUCCUCUAGUGUAGAUUCAAACACAACUGCUGCAUCAGAAACUCACUAUCUUAAAUUCUUCAAGAAACAAUUCUGUGAAUAAAGCAGUUCUUUCAAUUACAUCAACAACUUUAUAAGGAUUCCUCCUUCAUCUAAAAAAACUGGCUAAUCCAAAAAAAUUCAAGAUGCAAAACUAGCAGGUUUUGAUUAGAUCAACAGCAACAACAGCAACGAAUAUCAAUUUAUAUAACAGCAGUAACAAUUUUAGCCUGGAAUGUAUUAAAAUUAAGAGUAGUUCAUGCCUUAGAAUGGGUAUGCCUAGCCAGAUGAUGAUUUCAUGUAAAGAUAGGAAAAUAAUAUUAAUUACAAUUUAAAUGGAUAAGAAUAAAAUAAUUAUGAAGGAUAUCAAUAAUCUCCUCCAGUGAUUUAAAAUAAUGCUAUUCCUCCUUUCAAUAAUAUAAAUAACCUAAUGGGAAAGAAAGGAUUCAAAAUAAACCUGACAAAUUUAAAUAAAAACAAUAAUUAAGCACCAAAUAUUAUAAAUAAUAACAACAACAAUAGUGAUUGUAAUGGAUAUAACUAAAAUUUCAACAACCACUUUUAAAAGACAAACUAAUAGGUUUAAUAAUUUGAGUAAGAAUAGAAUCAUAAUAAUAUAGAUGGAUAUUAAUAUGGAGAUCCAAAUUAAAUGGGUGAAGAGGAAGAAUUAGAUAAUGUUUAAACUGUAGAUAUCGAUUGGAACAUAAAGCAUGGCAACAUAGACGAAGAUCCUUAAGAGAAAGCAUAGAAUUUUUAUAAACCUAAUUUUGGGGGAGAAAAUAAUCAAAAUAAUUUCGUUUUAAAUUUACCCGUUCAGAAUGACGCAGAUAAUUUUCAUUAAAAUUACGGAAGAGACUCGGGAAGUGAAGAUCAGAACAGUUCAAAUAAUAAUGAUUCUGAAGAAAUGCAGGAUUAAGUUCCUAAUAACUACAAUAAUUCAUAUGGAUUUAAAAUUAAUAAUGCAAAUGCUCAGCUAGGAUAGGGAUAGCCAUUACCAAGUCAUCGUGGAUCAUCUGGUCCAAAUCCAACUAGUAGUUCUAUAAUGGCAGAAUUGAUGAAAAAAAAUUAGCUUCCAGGAAUUAAGCUUGGUAAAAUAAAUGGCUAAAAUAAUUUUGCAGAAUCAUAAAUAGCAAACCACUAAAAAGACGAAAAUGAGUGGGAUAAUAGAGAGGAAUUCUAUGACGAAUCAAAUUUCUAAGCUUUUUUAGAAAAUGAGCAAGAUGGAGUAAAAAUAGACACAACCAAAUUGAUCAAAAUAUUUGCAAAAAUAUGCAGCGAGAUUACUCCUAAUUUUUUGUACGUAAGUGGCGAGGAAGUUGCUAACAAUAAAUAAAAACUUAAGUAAAACGGGAUAACACAUAUCAUCAACUGUGCAGGUGAUGUAUGCAAAAAUACAUUUCCAGAAGAUUUUGUUUACAAAACUUACAGAUUAAAAGAUGCUAAAACUGAAAAUAUUGAGUGCAUAUUUUAUGACACCAUCAAAUUUAUAGAAGACGUAUCUCAGUAAGGUGGUAGAGUCUUUAUUCAUUGCGUCUAAGGUAUUUCAAGAUCUGUUACACUUUGCAUAGCUUACAAAAUAUGGAAGGAAGCAGGAAAAUUAUCAUUCUAAGAUGCUUUAAAAUAAGUUAAAGAGAAAAGGCAUGUUGCUUCUCCAAAUCAAGGUUUCUUAGUUCAACUGAUAAACUUUCAUAAAAGAUUAUACGCCCCUUACGAUAGCAUCAGCGUAAAGCCAAGAGUGUGGUGCGUUUGUAGUCACUAAGUUGAAGAGCCACAGUAAAUAGUUGCAAAAAUGCUUCUUGAGGGACUCUACUCAAGCAAUAAAUAAGAUCCUAAAGAUCCUAACAACAAACUAGACCCUAGAGGUGUAUUUAUCAUUCAAGCACCUGAAAAAAUGUAUAUUUGGGUAGGUAAUGAGAUUCCUCCCGAAAGACAACAAAUAUAUCAAGAUUAUUCGCUGCGAUAUAUAGAAAAUUUAAGAUAAUAUGAGCAUGCUCCUUAGGAAUUGGAAAUAGUUAAAUAGGGCGAUGAAAGCGAGGAGUUCUGGCAGAUGUGGUUCCCUUAGAAGCCUCUGAAUGCUUAUUCAUAAAAUAGAGAAUGGAAUAAUUGGUUUUUGGACAUUACAAAAUCAUCUGAUAAUUACAAGUAAAUCAACUAUUACGAUGAUGACGAAGACGAAGACGACAAAAGAGAAGGAGUCUACGGACAAAAUAAUAAAUAAAAGCCAAAGUUGUUCAUUUAUCCUGAAAAGGACCCAUUAAAUGUGUUCGAUCUAGAAGACUUGAUGGACGACAGCUUGUGUAUUUUAUGCAAGCAGUAAGACGAUUAAAUAAAAAUUCACAUAUGGAGAGGAUCUCAAUUCACCCAGCCUGAUGAAGUAGAAAAAGAUUAUCUUGACCAAAUCAUAUAAGAUCAUUAUCCGAAUCACAUAAACAAUAUUUUGCUAUACAAAGAAAUACUUCACUAGGAGUCUGAAGAAUUCAAUGAAUGCUUCUAUUAAAAUUGA